UAACUGCAUGGUUUUGUUUAAACAGAUGUUAAUGUUACACAGAUCUGAUACCUGAGUGGUGUAUAUAUAACCUAUAUGAUUAUGUGUGACGAAGAGAUGACGUCUGGAUUUCUAAACGCUUCAGCUGAGAACGUUUAUGGUGAAAAGAGCGCUUUCUCACAAACAGAACACAAUAUUGUUGCUACGUACCUCAUCACAGCAGGAGUGGUCAGUCUGACUAGUAACAUUGUGGUGCUGCUGAUGUUUGUGAAGUUCAGAGAGUUGCGUACUGCAACAAAUGCUAUCAUCAUUAAUCUGGCUUUCACUGACAUUGGUGUAGCCGGUAUCGGUUACCCCAUGUCAGCAGCCUCAGACUUGCACGGGAGCUGGAAAUUUGGCUACAUGGGCUGCCAGAUCUAUGCUGCCCUGAAUAUAUUCUUCGGAAUGGCCAGUAUUGGGCUGCUUACUGUGGUUGCCAUUGACCGAUACCUUACCAUAUGUCGAUCUGAUGUAGGACAGAAGCUGACAACAUUGUCAUACGCACUUCUAAUUGUGGCUGCUUGGUUGAAUGCUGUGUUUUGGUCAGCCAUGCCCAUCAUUGGUUGGGCAGGAUAUGCCCCUGACCCCACGGGAGCCACCUGCACCAUCAACUGGAGAAACAAUGACGCAUCUUUUGUGUCCUACACAAUGACUGUGAUCACUGUCAACUUCAUCAUUCCACUGUCGGUCAUGUUCUACUGCUACUACAACGUCUCGGUUACUGUGAAGAGGUUCAAAGUUAGUAACUGCCUAGACAGCAUCGACAUGGAUUGGUCUGACCAGAUGGACGUGACCAAGAUGUCCGUUAUAAUGAUAGUGAUGUUCCUGGCUGCCUGGUCUCCAUAUUCGAUUGUGUGUUUGUGGGCAUCAUUUGGUGACCCUAAAAAGAUUCCAGCUGCAAUGGCCAUAAUUGCCCCACUCUUCGCCAAGUCCUCCACCUUUUACAAUCCUUGCAUCUAUGUCAUCACCAACAAAAAGUUCAGGAGAGCCAUCAUUGGAAUGUUACGAUGUCAGACACGACAGCGAAUGAACAUUACCAACCAGCUUCCAAUGACAGUGUCUUCUGUGCCACUCAACCCUUAAAUUAAGAGAAAAUCCGAUAUUUAAACAUUCAUAAAACAUCAGCGCUGGACGCUAUCUGUCUGCUCCACUGUUUUAACACCACUAGGGCACGAUUACUUUGCAGUCUCAGGCGAACGGAACAUGUUCUUUUGCCAUGAAUAUGGUUCCUGCAACUGGCAUUGCCUUCUUUUAACCUUGCUAUAUCUAAUCUGAUGCUCGUUACAUAAUGUCUGCAACAAAUCUUGUGAAAUAGCUGUUCUUGAUACUGCAUGUGCUCAAAAUGUUUUCAUUUGAAUAAAAACAGUAACACAAUGAUCCGUUUU